UUGUAAGACCAGAAAGCCAUAGGAGGCGUGGGAGGGAACAAAGAAACCAAGAACAAGAAAGAACACUUCUUCUGCCAGAGCAGAGGAGGAGAGGCUUAAAUCUCUUUUUCAGAAAAAUCUGGGCUUUAAGCUUCGCAUUCUUAUCGUUAUCAUUAUUAUUAUUUUUUCAUGUUCAUAUAGGAUUUUUUGAAUUCUUUUUUAUUGUUGGAAACGUAUAUCAUUUCAAGUUGUACUAAAAGAAAAGUGAAAGAAGUUGAAGAAUUCUGGUUGCUGAAUUGAAUGAACGUUGUUGAAGGAAGUGGGAGUAGAUCCACAAGCAACCCGAGUUUCUGAUCUGAUCGUUCUCUGUGAAAAUGGCUGGUGCUAUGAGUCUUGUGGUUGGGGCUCUUGUUUGGGUGGAGGAUCCUGAUGUAACUUGGAUAGAUGGUGAAGUUGUGGAGGUUAAUGGUGAAGAAAUUAAGGUCCUUUGCACUUCAGGGAAAAAGGUGGUUGUUAAAGCUUCCAAUGUGUAUCCCAAAGAUGCUGAAGCUCCACCAUGUGGAGUGGAUGAUAUGACAAAGUUGGCUUAUUUGCAUGAACCAGGAGUCCUUGAAAAUUUAAGAUCAAGAUAUGAUAUCAAUGAGAUAUACACUUACACAGGGAAUAUAUUGAUUGCUGUGAACCCUUUUAUAAGACUGCCUCAUCUUUAUGAUAGCCAUAUGAUGGCGCAAUAUAAAGGGGCAGCCUUUGGUGAGUUGAGUCCACAUCCUUUUGCUGUUGCAGAUGAUGCAUACAGACUUAUGAUUAAUGAGGGAAUAAGUCAGUCAAUAUUGGUUAGUGGUGAAAGUGGGGCUGGUAAAACAGAAAGCACAAAACAACUCAUGGCAUACCUCGCUUACAUGGGAGGGAGAGCUGUUUCUGAGGGGAGGACUGUUGAACAGCAAGUGCUGGAGUCCAAUCCUGUUCUGGAAGCAUUCGGUAAUGCAAAGACUGUUAGAAACAAUAACUCGAGUCGCUUUGGAAAGUUUGUGGAGAUUCAAUUUGACAGUAAGGGGAGAAUCUCAGGAGCUGCUAUAAGAACUUAUUUGCUGGAAAGAUCGCGUGUUUGCCAGUUGUCUGAUCCUGAGAGAAAUUAUCACUGUUUCUACAUGCUUUGUGCGGCACCACCUGAGGAUGUUCGGAGGUACAAGUUGGGAAACCCAAGAACAUUUCAUUAUCUAAAUCAAUCAGAUUGCUAUGAGUUGGAUGGGGUUGAUGAUUCGAAGGAAUAUAUAGCAACAAGGAGAGCAAUGGAGGUUGUUGGAAUAAUUGCUGAUGAGCAGGAUGCAAUAUUUCGAGUUGUGGCUGCAAUUCUGCAUCUUGGGAACAUUGAAUUUGCAAAAGGGAAGGAAAUAGACUCAUCCACACCCAAAGAUGACAAAUCUUGGUUCCAUCUAAAUACUGCUGCUGAGCUUUUCAUGUGUGAUGCAAAGGCGCUAGAAGAUUCUCUUUGCAAACGUGUAAUUGUAACCCGUGAUGAAACCAUCACGAAAUGUCUGGAUCCAGAAUAUGCAGCUGUUAGUCGAGAUGCUUUGGCUAAAAUUGUCUAUGCGAGGUUGUUUGACUGGCUUGUGGAUAAGAUUAAUAGUUCAAUUGGUCAAGACCCUGAGUCAAAGUCCUUAAUUGGGGUGCUGGAUAUCUAUGGGUUUGAGAGUUUCAAGACUAACAGUUUUGAGCAAUUUUGUAUCAAUCUCACAAAUGAGAAACUUCAGCAACACUUCAAUCAGCACGUUUUCAAAAUGGAGCAAGAAGAAUAUACAAAAGAAGAAAUUGAUUGGAGUUACAUUGAAUUUGUUGAUAAUCAAGAUAUUUUAGAUCUUAUUGAAAAGAAACCAGGUGGCAUUAUUGCUCUUCUCGAUGAGGCCUGUAUGUUUCCAAGAUCAACACAUGAAACAUUUGCCCAAAAGCUGUACCAAACAUUCAAAAAUCAUAAACGCUUCGCUAAGCCAAAAUUAGCACGUAGUGACUUCACAAUUUGCCACUAUGCUGGUGAUGUAACUUAUCAAACAGAAUUUUUCCUGGACAAGAACAAAGACUACGUUGUUGCUGAACAUCAGGCACUCUUGGGUGCUUCCAAAUGCUCCUUUGUGGCAGGUUUAUUUCCACCUUCAGCUGAGGACUCGUCUAAAUCAUCAAAGUUCUCUUCAAUAGGUUCACGUUUUAAGCAACAAUUGCAAGCGUUGCUUGAAACUCUCAGUUCCACCGAGCCACACUACAUUCGUUGUGUAAAACCCAAUAAUCUUCUUAAGCCAGCGAUCUUUGAGAAUAAGAAUGUUCUGCAACAACUGCGUUGUGGGGGUGUCAUGGAGGCAAUCAGGAUAAGUUGUGCUGGAUAUCCUACUAGAAAACCUUUUGCUGAAUUUGUAGACAGAUUUGGCCUCCUUGCACCUGAAGUUUUGGAUGGGAGUUCCGAUGAGAUCACUGCUUGCAAGAGGCUUUUAGAGAAGGUGGGACUUAACGGUUAUCAGAUAGGUAAAACAAAGGUCUUUCUUAGGGCUGGUCAGAUGGCAGAACUUGAUUCCCAUAGGAGUGAGGUCUUAGGAAGAUCAGCUAGCAUCAUUCAAAGGAAAAUCCGUUCAUAUUUGGCUCGUAGAAGUUUUGUCUUGCUCCGUCAGUCUGUACUACAAAUUCAAUCUGCAUGCAGAGGACAACUUUCUCGUAAAGUUUAUGAGGGGAAGCGGAGAGAAGCUUCUUGUCUGAUGAUCCAGAGAGACUUGCGGAUGUAUCUUGCUAGGAAAGCUUACAAGGAAAUGCAUAUCUCUGCUGUGUCUAUUCAGACAGGAAUGCGUGGGAUGGCUGCUCGUAUUGAGCUACGCUUCAGGAGGCAGACUAGAGCAGCAAUUAUUGUUCAGAGCCAGUGUCGUAAAUACUUGGCGCGCCUACAUUAUAUGCAGAUGAAGAAAGCUGCAAUUACAACACAAUGUGCAUGGAGAGCAAGAUGUGCACGAAAAGAACUACGGACGCUUAAGAUGGCUGCAAGGGAAACCGGUGCCCUUCAAGCUGCCAAAAACAAAUUAGAAAAGCAAGUUGAAGAACUGACGUGGAGAUUACAGCUGGAGAAGCGCAUGAGGGCUGACAUGGAAGAAGCAAAAACACAAGAAAAUGCAAAACUGCAGUCUGCUUUGCAAGAUAUGCAACUUCAGUUUAAGGAAACUAAAGCAAUGCUUGAGAAGGAAUUUAAGGUUGCAAAAAGGGCAGCAGAGAAAGUCCCUGUUAUACAGGAGGUUUCAGUUGUUGACCACGUAAUGCUGGAGAAGCUUUCCAGUGAAAAUGAGAAGCUCAAGGCCAUGGUUUGUUCACUGGAAAAGAAAAUUGAUGAAACGGAGAAAAAAUUUGAAGAGACAAACAAAAUCAGUGAAGAGAGGUUGAAACAAGCUCUGGAGGCAGAAUCAAAAAUAAUUAAGCUAAAGACUGCUAUGCAGAGCCUUGAAGAAAAAUUUUCUGACAUUGAGUCUGAAAAUCAAAUUCUUAGGCAGCAAGCCUUGCUAACACCUGUAAAGACAAAAUCAGAGCAUCCACCAACUCCAGCAACUGAGAGAUUGGAAAAUGGUCAUCAUGUUAUUGAAGAGAACAGAGUCAAUGAACCACAGAGUGCAACACCUGUUAAAAAGCUUGGUACAGAAUCUGAUAGCAAGUUCAGGAGAUCCCUUGUAGAACGUCAACAUGAGAAUGUUGAUGCUCUCAUCAGCUGUGUUAUGAAAAACAUUGGGUUCAGUAAUGGGAAACCUGUUGCAGCAUUUACCAUCUACAAAUGUCUUCUCCACUGGAAAUCUUUUGAAGCUGAAAGGACAAGUGUGUUUGAUCGUCUCAUCCAGAUGAUUGGUUCUGCCAUUGAGGAUCAAGAUGACAAUAAUCAUAUGGCGUAUUGGUUAUCAAAUACCUCUACUUUAUUGUUCUUGCUCCAGAGAAGCCUUAAGGGUGCUGGUGUGGGUGGUGCAACUCCACAUCGAAAACCUCCAGCUCCAACAUCCCUCUUUGGGAGGAUGACCAUGGGGUUUCGCUCGUCCCCUUCUUCUGCCAAUCUUCCUGUUGCUGGACUUGAUGUAGUACGUCAGGUAGAGGCUAAAUACCCAGCUUUGCUUUUCAAGCAGCAGCUCACAGCCUAUGUGGAGAAAAUAUACGGAAUUAUUCGAGACAACUUGAAGAAGGAGCUAUCAUCUUUGCUUGCUUUAUGUAUUCAGGCACCAAGAACAUCCAAGGGAGUACUAAGAUCCGGGCGGUCCUUUGGGAAAGAUUCUCCAACAACUCACUGGCAGAGCAUCAUUGAAAGCCUCAACACUAUCCUUAAUACACUGAAAGAAAAUUCUGUGCCUCCAAUUCUUGUCCAAAAGAUCUUCACUCAAACUUUCUCAUAUAUAAACGUACAACUCUUUAAUAGCCUUCUUCUGCGUCGUGAGUGUUGUACAUUCAGCAACGGGGAAUAUGUUAAAGCUGGGUUGGCUGAGUUGGAGCAAUGGUGCUGCCAAGCAAAAGAACAGUAUGCAGGCUCAUCAUGGGAUGAACUUAAGCACAUAAGACAGGCUGUUGGAUUCUUGGUCAUACAUCAGAAAUAUAGAAUUUCUUACGAUGAAAUCACCAAUGACCUCUGCCCUAUCCUAAGUGUUCAGCAGCUGUAUAGAAUCUGCACUCUCUACUGGGAUGACAAUUACAAUACUAGAAGUGUAUCUCCAGAUGUCAUUGCCAGCAUGAGGGUACUUAUGACAGAGGACUCCAACAAUGCCGCGAGCAAUUCCUUCUUGUUGGAUGACAAUUCUGGCAUCCCCUUCUCGGUUGAUGACCUCUCGACUUCAUUGCUAGAGAAUGAUUUCUCAGAUGUCAAACCAUCAGAUGAACUUCUUGAGAACCCAGCCUUCCAAUUUUUACAUGAGUAAGGCUAAGGAAGCUCAAGCAUACUUCUCGUGUUUCAUCAUAGUAGGUGCACAUUUAGUUUAUCUGGUCAUUGCAGUGGUGGUUGUAAAUCCUUUAUCCUUUUCUUUCAUUGUCUCUCUUUUAUUUUACCCUAUUUUGGUGCCCCCACGUGAAAUUAUUUUUUCAUUCAUUAUUUUGGCAUUCAAAUUGUAAAUUUUUUUUAUAUAGUUGAAAGGGGCGGUGAUGUAUCUCAGUUUUUUUUUUUGGGGUUGUGUGCAUUGUGUUGUAGAUGGUUUUGUUUCUCUGCCGUUGGGCAAAAUUUUUUUAUUUUAUUUUUAUAUAUAUAGGGUGUUUAGGAGAAUUUUGGUGGCUGAGAUAUCUCUCUCUCCACUCAUAUUUUCGUUGUAUGAAAGAAACAAAAUUUAAUGAACAAAAUGCAAAGAAUAUGUGAUUUAUUUGGCAA